AUGUCAUCCGAACAACCACCAUUCGAUGAUGAGUUUGAUACUCUUGUCAAAGAGCAACUGGAAAAAUGGAAAGUCCCCGGUUUGAGUAUCGCGAUUAUCCAUGGCCCCAAUACCUACACUAAGGCAUAUGGAAAGGCAGAGCUGUCAGAUGACAGCACAGGUCGACGAUCUAGGGAGAUGACCACCGAUGCAUUGUUCGCAACAUGUAGCACCACCAAGGCCUUUACUGGUGCGACGACAUCCAUAGCAAUCCAGGACAGCAAGGCCACCGAGUUCCCAAUCGACUGGAACACGCCCGUGGCUUCCCUAAUUCCAGCAGAUUUUGUCCUGGAGAACGACUACGCGACCCAGAAUAUAACACUCGAAGAUGCGCUAUCUCAUCGGUCGGGCAUGCCUGAGCAUAACUGGACCUUAGCUUUAUUUUCAAAGAAGGGCGCAACACCAGGCUCGAUAGUCCGCGCGAUGCGACACAUGCCUCUCGCAACGCCACCUCGCACCAAGUACCACUACAGUAAUCAUAUGUGCAUCGCCGUGUCGCAUGCGUUGGAGCAAUAUACCAGCGAAACGCUAGGAGCUUUCAUGAAGAACCGCAUCUGGGACCCGCUCGGUAUGAGCGAAACGUUCUUCUCGUCAAGCGAAGCAAAAGCAAACCCAGCAACCGCUACAAAGGUUGUACAACCAUACAACUGGGUUCGUACAAAUGAAGGCGGAAAGUUUGUCCCACAGCCAGAGCAUGACUGGCCAGCUAACAGCGGUGCUGGUGCUAUCGUCAGUAACGUUCUCGACUACGCCAAUUGGGUGCGGGAGUGGAUUGAAAGAGCCGGACCAUUGAAAGGACAUGACAGCUUAACGGAUCCGCGGACAAUAUAUUUCCAGAACGAUGACUUGAAUCUGCCAGCUCCGUAUCAUGCGUAUGCGCUCGGAUGGGUCGUGGAUAACUACCGCGGUCAGCAUUUAUAUAGCCAUUGCGGUGGUUGGCCUGGCUACGCGAGUUGGGUGGGCUUCGUCCCCGAGAAAAAAUUUGGAUUUGUGGUUAUGGGCAAUUCGUUUUCGGCUCGAUAUGCUGCGUUUAGAUUGGUCACUUAUCUUUUGGAUAGGCGGCUUGGUCUAUCCGACGAUCCCAAAUAUGAGGAGCAGGUUGCUGCUUGUAUUGAAAGACAAACUGAGGCCUGGGAGUCGAGUCUUAAAAGUGAAGACAUAGAGAACUCGAAGCAGCGGUUGUUCUCUCCUUUGCCUGAUUCUCCGAUUCCAUAUUCAUUACAUAUAUCUGGAUAUACCGGAACAUACAGACACCCCACGGGUGCAACCUUUACCAUCCAGAUAAUCAAUGACUGGCUUAUCGCUGACCUGCAGGAUCGAGUGAUCCCGUGUGAAUUGUUGUUUGUUCAUGCAAGCGGAGAAUUCUUCGUAGGAAGAAUACAGAGUGAAGGAUUGGACUUGAUCUCCCCCUUCCCAGUGGAAUUCUAUAUUAAUGCCUCGGGUGUUGCUCAAAGAGUUGGACUUCUGUUGGAGCCUGCGAUGAAGGAAGAAAAGCUCUGGUUUGAUCGUUGUCGUUCUUAA